AUGGGGGGAAAUCGGACCUCUGUCACAGAGUUCGUCCUGCUGGGAUUUCCCAUCAGCCCGAGGAUUCAGGUGCUUCUCUUUGGGCUCUUCUCCCUGCUCUACGCCCUCACGCUGCUGGGGAACGGGGCCAUCCUGGGGCUCGUCUCCCUGAACCCCCAGCUGCACACCCCCAUGUACUUCUUCCUCUGCCACCUGGCCGCUGUCGACAUAGCCUAUGCCUGCAACACGGUGCCCCAGAUGCUGGUGAACCUCCUGCGUCCAGCCAAGCCCAUCUCCUUUGCUGGCUGCAUGGCACAGACCUUUCUCUUUCUGACUUUUGCUCACACGGAAUGUCUUCUCCUGGUGGGGAUGUCCUAUGAUCGGUAUGUGGCCAUCUGCCGCCCCCUCCGGUAUUCUGCCGUCGUGAGCUGGAAAGUGUGCAUCGCCCUGGUGGGGACUUCCUGGGUUUUAGGAGUCCUCCUGGCCCUAGUUCAUCUAGGGUUACUCCUGCCAUUACCCUUCUGUGGACCCUGGAAAAUCAAUCACUUUUUCUGUGAAAUUACAGCUGUGCUCAAGCUUGCCUGUGCAGAUACCCACAUCAAUGAGCUCAUGGUUUGGGCUGGGGCAGUGUCUGUGCUGGUGGGACCCUUCUCCUCUAUCGUGGUAUCUUACAUUCAUAUUCUACAUGCCGUCCUGAAGAUCCAGUCAGGGGAGGGGCGCCAGAAAGCCUUCUCCACCUGCUCCUCCCACCUCUGUGUGGUGGGGCUUUUUUAUGGCUCAGCCAUCACCAUGUACGUUGGGCCCAGGUAUGGGAACUCCAGGGAGCAAAAGAAAUAUCUCCUCCUGUUUCACAGCCUUUUCAAUCCCAUGCUCAACCCCCUCAUCUAUAGUCUGAGGAACAAAGAAGUCAAAGCUGCUCUGAAGAGGAUAUUUGGAAAAGAGAGAACUGCCUGA